CAAUGCUUCUCCUCAUUCUAAGAUGAAGUUAUGGAAGUUUGCUGCCAUCGGCCUGAUUCUCUGUGGUGCUGCACUUCCUCUGCUCGUCCUUAAAACCGCUCCCUCUUCCCGAGCCCCGCCCCCUCCACCCCACCGCAGAGCUUCAUCCUCAUCACUUUCACCUUCAUCAUCUUCAUUCACAACAAGCAAUUCGUCUACGGUUGGGGCAGGUGGGCGGCAACGGAGGGUCAGAUCAGCUGACGGAGGAAACUCUCUCGUAUCAGAAUUCAUGAAGAUGUUCCAGAGCUUCACAGAGGGCGAGCUGAAGCAGGUCAUUGGGACACUGGUGGAAAGAAAAGCCCGCAGAGAUGCCCAGAAGAGCAAGAGGACUAAACGGGCAAAAAAGCGAUCCAAACCCUGCUCGCUACAGGAGGUAGAGGUGACGGUCAGACAGCUGGGAUUGGGAUACGAGAGUGAAGAGACUAUACUCUUCCAUUACUGCAGCGGAAAGUGCACAACUAGCCGCAAAAACUAUGACCUGGCGCUGGCGAAACUGAAGCACUCGCAGCUGCUAACAAGGGAACAGAAGGACAAAGCGCGCCACAGCCCCUGCUGUCGGCCCACCGCAUAUGAGGAGGACAUCUCCUUCCUCGAUAACUUCAACAAAUACCACACAAUCCAAGAGUUCUCGGCCAAAGCAUGUGGAUGUGUCUGACCUUGAGGGUCAAAACUCAUCGGAGUUCUCAAAACUUUUAGGAAACAUAACAUUAAUCAGACAUUAAUCUCUGAAAAAAACAGACCCUUGAUUCGGAGAAGAAAA